CAGCUGAUGCCAUCUUGCAAAUUACCCACGUUGCUUUGCUUUGCGCAGUCGCAAAUACGACACUCAACUACUACAUCGCAGCAAUGGAGUCGUACCAGCUUCAGUACCAGCAGCAGUACAACUACCAGGAAUCUGUUGGGGAUCCGAUGCAGCGAACGCUGUAUGUGGGGAAUCUCAGCAGAAAUGUCACAGAAGAACUUGUAACUGCACUUUUCUCGCAGUUUGGUCACUGUACAUGUAAAAUGAUGAAUGAAUUGAAGCGCGUCCAAGGGGGAGGGGAGCAAAGUGUAAAUGACCCGUACUGCUUCGUCGAGUUUGGAGACAAUAAACAUGCAAACUCUGCGUUAGUAUUGAAUGGAAGAAAGUUAUUUGAAAAGGAUAUCAAAGUAAAUUGGGCGACUACACCAAGUGCAAAAAGAGACACCAGUGUUCAACGUCAGAUUAUUUCAGGUCAUCAUCAUAUAUUUGUUGGUGACUUAGACCCUUCAGUUGAGACAGCUGAUCUCUAUAACGCCUUUUCAGCUUAUGGAACCGUUUCAGACACACGUGUAGUGCGAGAUCCUACAAAAGAGAAUCGAUCAAAAGGAUACGGUUUUGUUUCUUUUGAAAAAGAAGAGGAGGCCAAAAAUGCGAUGAAGAGAAUGCAUGGUCAGCAAUUGGGAGGUAAAGUCAUUCGUACGAACUGGGCCUCACGUAAACCAUCAGAGCAGAAAAUUGAGAUGAAGACACGCGAGGAUGUUUAUAAUCAAGCAAGUGUCAACAAUUGUACGGUAUACUGCGGUGGUAUUCAAAAUGGAAUGUCAGAGGAGUUACUACGUCAAAGGUUUCAGGACUACGGUACCAUACAAGAGAUAAGGCAAUUUCCAGAGAAAGGUUACGCAUUUAUUCGGUUUGGAUCACAUGAAGAAGCAACUGGGGCAAUAGUUGGCGUACACAGUCAACUUGUGGGGAACUAUAAAGUCAAAUGUUCGUGGGGGAAAGAAACACCGUCAGAACCUUCAUCUCAUGUCCAGCAGCAGCAACAGUAUGCAUAUCAGAGCUUUGCCUCCUACCCGCAGCAGGCAGUGCAACAAACGCAGCAGACUGGCCAACCCUAUGUGCAGUAUUUCAACCAACCGUUCCAAGCCAGUCAACAACAGCAACAAUAUCUGCAGAUGACGCCAUCAACACAGGCCACGUACUACUACAACUAUCCACAGGCGUCAGGUAUGGUUAUGCAAGGGCAAUACGUUCAGAGUCAAUUCCCACAAGGACAAGGUGUUCAACAGACACAGUACGCCCAGCAAACUCAACCAAUCUCGGCCCUCGGACAAGGAAUGGCUCCCAGUAGAGGACUCAUGACUCCUAACUCAACCCAAGGAAAUUAUAUGCAUACUGGCUUCCCAACUCAAUAGAGAGAUAUCCUCCCUACCCCCUAUCCCCCGGGUGGAGGGCAGGCUACCCCCACCCUCUAUCACUCAUCUCACUCAAGGAGUAGACACAGAACUUUUGAUAUUGAAGACUGGUCGAUGUUGGCGCUAAUGUUAGCGCUGGAAGACAUGUUUUGUACAUGUCAACACGAGAUGGCUGGUUUUGUAGGAGCGGUUGAUCAUGUUUAUGUGUAUUUUCAUGGAUAUGGAAUGCCUUAAGUUGGGUUUGGACCCGUGUUGUAUUUCAAUCGGACGCUUUGAGUUUACCUCAAUCAUGUGAUGAGCAGAUCUGAUCAUGUGAUAUGUGUAUCACAUGAUGUGCUUGUCAGGUGGUUUGAUAAUUAAUGAGACUAUAAACCUUAGAACCGGUCAUGUGAUACCAUGUGAUGUCUAGUAUUUAUCACAUGACUUGUCAGGUGGUUUGGCUUGUCUGAAGUCGGGCCUAGCGUGAUUGGGCGACAGAUGAUUGGUCAUUGAAGCUCAGCUGUCUUUAUGAGAAAUUGGCUAAAAAUUGCCAAAUGGUGUAAAAAAUAACACCAAGUAACGAGAGAGAGAAAGUGUGAUGAAUAUUGUACAAAGAAAUAACGUAAAGUAUUAAACAAAAUAGUAAGAAAAUUAAGUCAAUGUGGGUGGUGGGUAAAAUGUACAUGUAGUGCAGGGGGUAAAUCCUUGCAUUUUGAUAUAUAUUAUAUGUGUACAAACUGUUUUAGAUAAAAUGAAAUGGUUAUUUGCCAAGUUUUGGGUAUGGACAGAUGUCGUUGACUUGCCUGGGUUUCAGACAAUGUCUGUUGUGAUAAAAGCAACUUUGGGGGAUAAAGAGACUCGCUGUUUACUUUACUUUGAGUCAUGGACAUUCCACUAAGGAAGAUAAUUUGGCGUAAUUAGAAUCCAUUGACAAUAAGAUGGGAAUUUCCAGAAUGCCACAUAGAUGGAUCACAGUAAGAAAGAUGGAACUUAGUAAAACAGCCAGACGAAAAUGGAAACGCUUUAGUUUUAUUUCUCUGCUGUUCAAAACCUGUCGGCAUUGUUCAUUAUUGAUCAAGAUGAAAUUCAAAGGCAUUGUAACAAGAAAAAUGGUUCAUAUUCUCAUCCUUUCAAGAAGAAAGGAAUGGCUUGGUUAUUGUGUUUCAGACUUGACAAGAAAUGGUUACUGAUGUAGGCAUUUAAUAAACCUUGUUAUGAGAUGCUUGUAAGCGUUAUGCAUACCCCUGAAUUUUGUGUUGUAUGUGUUUAAUGUCUCUAGAUGGUCUUCGUAUUAUGUCAUUCUGUGAGAUUUGGAUGUUGAUCUAAUAUUUCUGUCAUUUGUUCAAAUCCUGGAUUAUAUACACCAGCUUUGAUAAGAGUUGGUUUGUGACUUUUGUAUAUUGAAAGUAAUGAUUACAUUUGACGAACACUUCAUAAGAAAGUAAUAGAUUGGACUUGUGUAUUAUAUCUCGACAUGAAUUCAAGAGAUCUCUUUGAUUUGUUGCAAUGGGUUGCGCAUCAAGACGGACACAAGUCACUCAGGGUAUAAAAUGCAUCAUUUAGUGCCUUGUUUGAUUUUUUCUCAUUUUUUUUAACCAACACUCCACAGUUUGAUUUUAUGAAAAUUAUGAUGCUGCACAAAAAAAAUCAAAACAAGUAAAAAAAAGGGUAAAAUGUAAUUCAUAAAUUGGUUAUAAAUAGUCUCUGUCUGCAGUACUUUAUCUGGAUUUUUUUCUUCCUUUUUCCCUGGCCAUUUUUGUCUUGUCGGCAGUUUGAUUACAGAGUGUGCCAUUUUGGAUUUAACUUUUGUGAAUAAGUGUGCAGAGAAGUUUAGUUGCAAUCUGGUAAAGAUUUGGUGAAAGUACAGAAAUGAUGACACUGCUUAAUAGCUCAAGACAUUCUUGUUACAAUGCCCAAUGUAAAUAAGUGAUAUGAAAUGCCCUCGUUGAAAAGAACAAAAAAAAACUCGUCAAGUAGAUACAUACAUUAAGUUUAAAGUAAACAACUGUAACAUAAACAAUGUGAAAAGACAAGGAUUUGGUUGGUUUCCGUUGUCUUUAAGUGUAUAUAAACACUACCCAUAGAUAAGUCAGAUAUACUGUGAUAAGUUGAUUUCAGUGAUUUUAUGUUAUUUGUCACCUAGUUGGCAAUCACACAUAUCAUGAAGUGCUGCAGUUUAGUAUUAAUUCUCUGUCUCCAUAAAGUAGUUCUGCAAAUUUCACUAUCACCUUGUUCACGCUUCCUUUUUUAAAGCUUUUUUUUUAAUCAGUUACAGUAAUUUGCAAGAAGAAAUUGACUAAAGUGAAAAUCUGUGAGUUCGCAAAUGUGUGAAGGACAUAAACUUGUUAAUAUGGUCAUUAAUACUCAUGAAUUGAUAUUUAUAACAUGCAUAGUCUUUUGUGACGGGAAUGUUUUGUAAUAACGGGGACCAUGUUUAUUUCUUUAUAAAAUGGUUGUGAAACUAAAUUUGAAGCAAGUUCACCACACUGCGCUCUGUGAAUAGCCUUUUGCUUUAAUCAGCUGUAAAAAAGCAAGAAAGAAAAGUGAUUUCUUUUUCUGGAUGACCUUUUCAUUCAUCCUCUAUUCUUUCUACUGGUGCUGUUGGCAUAAUUUAGUUUCUUGCUUUCUGUACCUAUUUCUACACUGGAGUUCUCUGGGAAAAUGAGAUGAAAGUAAAACUUUUCUGCUGUAUCAUGUGUACAUUUAUAAUUAGUUUGGUCAGACUGUGUGCUUUUAUGUUUAAUAUAUGUUGCCGUUAAUAAAAAAUAGGGUGAAUUUCAUGGAGUUGAUAAAUAUGAAAAGUCUCCUUAGUACAUGUUUAUAUGGUUACCAUCUGGAAAAGCAAAUAAUGGGAGAUUGGUACUGACCGCAAGGAGCCUAAUGAGAAUGGAGCCCUUUAAAUUGCCUGCUUGGCCAGUUAGUUAAAAUUCCUACAUGUUGACCAGCGAGGGUAAUAGUAAAAUAAAUGACAAAGAAUUCAGUGUUGUUUGAAAAACCAAUUUUUUUUGUUACCCUGGACAAAGACUACUUGGUUUUAUUACCAUUUAAUGUGAAAUGAUUUGAGGAUUAACUCAAGUUUCUGUCAGGCCAGCUCUUCCACAGUUCUGUUUGAUUAUCGUUAGUUUCUUAAUGAUAUGCACAAACAAACUUUUCAAUUUUUCUAUGAAAGUUUUAUACCGUCAGAGUUGUCUUGCUUGUUCCAAGAAACAAAGCAGGGCCUAAUGUCUUCAGGGAUGAUGAUGGUGUGUAUUUUUCUCAUGUGAUAUGAAUGAUACUUGUGAGUGGGGUUGGGGGUGUGAACGUGGGUAUAUUAGGGGAUAUUUGAUAUUGUUUCAUAUAAAAAUACUUUAAUUUCGUUCUUUGUGAAAGUUUUUGUAGCUGUGUGGAAGAGCUGGCCUGAAGUCUUGGGAGUUUACUGGUUUGCCAGUCAGUUGUGAAAUAAUUAAACAUGUGACAGUAAUUAUAUAUUGUAAUACUUGAAAUAUUUGCACAAUACUGGAGUGCAUUGACCCCAAUCAAAUUUAUGGGAAUGAAUUUUGUUGGUGGCAGAUGUUACUUGCUCCAUGUUGGCGUAGCAACUUGCUCCAUAUUGGCAUAGCAACUGAAGCGCCCUCUAGCAUUGUGCACUGAUUUUUCCAUAAAAGGUAAACAAGUUUGGAAUGGUCACAUGUGCAUAUUAUCAGCAAUGUGAUUGGUCCUUUUAGGAAACUAAUCAGAAAUGUGAUUGGUUGUUUUGUGUGGUUUUUAGUUAAUGUAGCUGGAUUAUUAAAGUAAGAAACAAAUGUACCUGUACUCAGUGUCCAUUGUUACAAAAAUGUGUUAAAAGUCCAUAAAUUCCAGUGUUGAACCACACUGGGAGAAUUUAAUAAGGAAGAUGUAUACAUAAUGUGAAAUAUUUUAAGGGUGGGUGUGUUUUGGAAUGGUAGGUUGGGAGAAUUUAGUUAUAAAUGAUAAACAAAAGUAGUGUGUAGGUUUGUAGAAGUAAACAAAACUUAAAAAAAGUUGGAGAGGAGUGUACAAAAUGUAAUAUUUGGGUUUAAACAAAAAUGAGUUAGUCCAGAGAUACAGUAACUAUAGAGUCCAAAUAAAAACAAAUUAUAGAUGUUAUGGGGAUCUGGGUGAUAUCUUAAUUUUGUAUACAAACCCUGGGAAACAAAAUGAAAUUGAUGGUUGAAUUUUGGUUCACAAUGUGGAGAGUAGUUAGCCAUAGUAAGAUACAUGUGCAUUGUAUGACUAUUAGGCAUAGCCAGCUAAUGUCAGGGAAAAAGUAUAACAUUAAGCAAUUUUCCCAAAACACUGGUUUUGUAGAAUGAUGGGGGAAUAAAGCAAAUAAAAAGGUAUAAUUUGUAAACAAAAGUA